AUGACCGAUAUCAAUCCGGAAGAGCCUGUCCAGGCCCCUUCUGUUGUUGAUGAGAAGCCAGUCGAGGCUGUUGCUGAAGAAAACGUUGCUGCUGAAGAGAAGAAGGACGCCGAGGAGAAAGCUAGCACCGAGGAGAAGAAGGAACGUGUCGGCAUUGUAUCUGAUGCCUCAGUUCUUCCCGAGUCAGAUGAUCCCAAGGAAAUCGUCAAACAGGUUGAGUUCUAUUUUGCGGACUCCAAUCUCCGAUUCGACAAGUUUUUGUAUGGACUUGUAGGUGAAGAGAACAAAUGGGUUGAUAUCGCUUUGGUCGCCGGUUUCAACCGCAUGCGCCGAUUUAAGAAUCUCGACAGUAUCAAGAAGGCGUUGGAAGACUCCGAACUAAUGGAGCUUAACGAAGAGAAAACCAAGAUGCGAAGGAAGAACGCGAUGGUUAUGUUGAAAGACCCUAAGCUUGUGGAUAAAUCCAUCACUCGCUCCGUCUAUGCGAAAGGGUUUGGCGCUGAGACUAAAACCUCUCAAUUCGAUAUCGAGAAGUUUUUUGAGAAGACCGGUAUCACAAUCAAUGCUGUCAGGCUUCGUCGUGACGACGAUAAGGUCUUCAAAGGUUCCGUUUUCGUCGAGUUUAAAACUGUUGAAGACAUGAAGAAGUUCAUGGAUCUAGAGGAUAAGCCCGAGUGGAACGGGCAAAAAAUGGUUCUUAUUGACCCCAAGGUUGAGCCAAACGCUGAUAAGGAGGGCAAGACAACCGCUGAACAGGCUAUUGCCGAAGCCUCGGAGGGUUUGAAAUAUAUGACUAAAGAAGGUUUUGUUGAGAUGAAGAUGGCGGCCAUCAAGGAUGGCAAGAUCCAAGCCAAGAGUUACGCGAAGACGACGAAGUUUGAUGCCUUCAAACAAGAAGGUGGGGCUUCCGCCGGGGGACGAGGUGGAAGACGGGAUGGACGAGGGGGGCGUGACAAUAGGGAUUGGCGGGAGCGACGCGACGAUGAUAGGAAGAACGGGUUCCGAGGUGGGCGUGGCGGUGGGCGUGGUGGCGGUCGUGGCGGCAGAGGCCGCGAUAACCGUGGUCGGGGCCGGGACCACAGGGGCGGAGACAACUCCGGCCCAAGACUUCGUGCCGAUGGGGUCCCCGUUGUUCGGACCACCAGCGCCUCCCCGGAGAGGAGGUCGAAGAAGAGGUCCCGUGACGACGGGGCGGAGGCUGGUGCCUCCGAUGACAAGAAGAGGAGGACCGACGGGUCCACCGAUGCCUCCGCUUAG